AUGUCGCUAUCAGCAGCAAUCGACCAGGAGGCCAAGGACCUGCGGAGGGACUUUGAGCUCAACAACACUCGCAAGAAGUCGGCCUUGCCCCCACUCCCGUCUCCAGCUCCUACCAAACCCACCCCACCCACAAGCCCUGUCUUGUCUCACAGAGCUAUGGCUCCUACGACUGCUGCCCGCGGCAAGCCCGCAUUCCCUGGUGAUCUUGGUCCCGGUGACCCACGACGCAGCUCCAGACUGCCCGGCGACCUUGGCCCAGGAGAUCCCAGACGCAGCAGCAACAGGCCCGCCAAUCCAGAUGGCACUCGCUCGGCAGCACGCAGUCUGAGUCCCACUCGCAGUAUCAGCCACUCUCUCAACCCGAACGACAAGUCUCCUUCGCAACGCAGACUAUCAGAUGCCGGUUCUAUUCGUCCCCAGCUCGGAGACGGAGGUGUUCGCUUGCAAAAGGACUACGACAAUGAGUCUGCCAGCAGCGACGAAGAGAGCAGCGAUGAACCAGAUACUGAUCACGAAUCGUCGCGAGGCAGAGGCCGCGCCAGAGUUGGCAAUGCUGUUGGCGUCACUCCCGACAGCGACGACGACGAACCCUCGCCUCCCUUGAAUGCUGACCCAACUAUUACUGUUACUCCACCCGCCACAGACCAACCGUCCACGGCCUCAGCCUACUCGUCUCGAAAGCCCGACGUCCAUCCCAGCACUGCCUUUGACUUUGCCGCAUCAACAACCUCUACCCCUGUGCACUCCGACGACGAAGAACAUCUGUCCGACUUGCGUCGUGCCCAACGCCUCUCGCUCAAUAUUUCUCCCAUCCACAGUACUCCCUCUGCGCAUCGUGUCAUUCGUCAGAUCAUCCGUGGCGACUACCUCUACUUCCAGCGUCAAGCUGAAGAAGGCCGUAGGAGGCAAAGAGUUUAUCUUGUCGCUACCGAUCUCUCUUCCGAAGCCGAGUAUGCUCUUGAAUGGACUAUUGGUACUGUUUUGCGCGAUGGCGAUACUCUGCUGGCAGUUUACGCAGUUGACGAGGAGUCUGGUACUGGUGGUGUCUCUGAAGGUGUUGAGAUUGGACACGGUGCCGACGUCGUCAAAGACACAGCCACUAUCGUGCGCUCCAUGACUGCAGAGAGUAUGACUCCUGCAACACUGCCGCGAGAUAGUAGCACCGCAAGAAUGGCCUUUAGCGAGAGAAAGGACAUGUCCAAGGCCGAGCAAGAUCGUUUCCGUGCUGCUGAGGACAUCAGCCAACGUUGUGUUAAAUUGCUUCGGAAGACUAGGCUCCAGGUUCGUGUUGUAGUAGAAGUCUUCCACUGCAAGAGUCCAAGACAUAUGAUUACCGAGGUGAUCGACUUCUUGUCUCCCACUCUUACUAUCCUGGGAUCAAGAGGACGCUCCCAACUGAAAGGUGUCUUGCUCGGCUCGUUCAGCAACUACCUCGUGACCAAGUCCAGUGUGCCAGUCAUGGUUGCCAGAAAACGACUUAGGAAACAUUCCAAACAACGCUUGCACAAGGAUGGACUGCCAGUGGCUCAAGCCGGUGACGGAAGAAUGCGCUAUAUCAGAAUGUCCAAUGUCCUGGAAGCACCUGGUACAAAGCCCAGAGCUAGAGGCCUGGCUGGAGCCAAGAUUGAUUGA